CGAAUAUCACUUCUUCUUCUUCCUCUACAAGCGAGGCUGCAGACCAACACAAUGGUGGCUCACAGUCCUUCGCAGCGCUAUCUCAGCACGAGAGGUGGUUCCUACGACCUCUCGUUUGAGGAAGUGGUGCUCAAAGGACUCGCCAGCGACGGCGGCCUCUUCAUUCCCGAGGAGAUCCCCCAGCUGCCAUCCGACUUCCUGGCCCAAUGGAAGGACAAGUCGUUCCAGGAGCUGGCCUUCGAGAUCUUCUCUCUCUACAUAUCGCCCGGAGAGAUUCCCUCGGCAGACCUGAAGAACAUCAUCCAGAGGAGUUAUGCCACCUUCCGCGCCCCCGAUAUCACGCCGCUGCAGACACUCGACGCGCAGAAGAAGCUGCAUCUGCUGGAGCUGUUCCACGGGCCGACGUUUGCUUUCAAAGACGUUGCGCUGCAGUUUGUGGGCAACCUGUUUGAGUACUUCCUCGUCCGGCGCAACAAGGGUAAAGAGGGGGAUGCCAGAGAACAUCUGACUGUCAUUGGCGCCACCAGUGGAGAUACUGGAUCAGCGGCCAUCUACGGACUGCGAGGCAAGAAGGAUGUCUCCGUCUUCAUCAUGUACCCCAAGGGCAAGGUCAGCCCCAUUCAAGAGGCCCAGAUGACGACAGUGACGGACGCGAAUGUGCACAAUUUGAGAGUCGAGGGCACUUUCGAUGAUUGCCAGGACAUUGUCAAAACGCUCUUUGCUGACUCGGAGCUGAACGCGACCCACCGUCUGGGCGCCGUCAACAGCAUCAACUGGGCACGCAUCCUCGCUCAAAUCACCUACUACGUUCACGCCUACUUCAGCCUCGCCAAACAGACUGGCUCUACCGAUCCGACCGCCCGCUUCGUUGUCCCCACUGGCAACUUCGGCGACAUCCUCGCAGGCUACUUUGCCACUCGAAUGGGCCUACCUACAGACAAGCUGGUCAUUGCCACGAACGAAAAUGACAUCCUACACCGCUUCUGGAAGACAGGAUACUAUGAGAAGCAAGCCAAGCAUGGCAGAGAAGCAGAGGGUGGAGGCGCAGAAGUGGAAGAUGGAGCCAAAGCAGACCCUAGUGGAGUGAAGAUGACUUUUGCGCCGGCCAUGGAUAUUCUCGUCUCGUCCAAUUUCGAACGGUUGUUGUGGUAUCUCGCCUUCCAGACGAGCAAGACAGAAGAGACGAAUAGACGGAGGAUGGAAGCAGGAGCCAAAGUCAAGGAUUGGCUAGAAGCGCUGAAAAAGGAUGGAGGAUUUGGUGUCGAGAAAGAGAUUUUGCAGGCUGCCAUGCAAGAUUUUGAGAGUGAGAGAGUAAGCGACAAACACACCAUCGACACGAUCAAGGAAGUCUAUGGCUGGUCCUCCAUCCCUGCAGCCUCGAAUCCCGUGGUAGCAACAACAGGCAUGCUCCACAACGGUCACUAUAUCCUCGACCCGCACUCUGCGAUCGGUGUUGCCGCUUCUCUACGACAAGCGCAGAAUGUCAGCAAAGAGACGCAUCUGGUCUCGUUGGCUACGGCGCAUCCGGCCAAAUUUUCGCAUGCUGUUGAAUUGGCGCUCAAGGACGUUCCGGGCUUCACUUUCGAGACGGUGCUUCCCGAACAGUUCAUCGGGUUGGAUCAGCUGGAGAGACGCAUUACCGAGUCCAAGGCGGAUUGGAAGCAGGUCAGAGGUAUCGUGGUGCAACAGGUCGCCGAUGAGUUGAAGGGCGAGAGGUGAGGUGUGGUCGAGUCUGAUCAGUGUCCACAUUUGAAGAAACAUUUCCCUUGGGAUGCAAAGCGAGAAGAGAAGAAUACGACUUGUAUGAAGAAAAAAGAUGCAUCGGGUCGAGAAAAAGUUCACGUGCGACGACGAUGGACGGAUUGAAGGGAAAGGUAAACUAAAGAGUCAUAGAUGAGGUCUAGGUAGGUAUAACCUCAAUCAGCCUCAGCACUUUUACAUUACACUCCUGCAUACAUUUGCAAAGUCCGGAAAUCGACGCCAUUGGUGGUGAUGGUGAUGGUGGUAGCUCAACAAUAGCACCAUUACGCUACACUACGCCAAACAGAUCAAG